AUGGCGGCGCGUCCUUGUCCUCAGCUCCCGGCCAGCCGCAGGUCCGAGCCGGCGUACCGAGAACAAAGACGACAAAAAGUUGAAGAAUAUCUAUCAAGAAAAAAGACCUUUUCUACCGUUCCCAUUCAAGAAAACCAGGCAUCGGUCAGUAGUAGAACUAGAAGAGCAACUAGCAAUAAACUGCAAGACAAAAUACAGCUCUCAAUAUCUCCAAUGCCAGAAAUGGAGAAUAAAGAGAAUGCUAAUAAACUGUUAUGGGACCAAUCAAAUGGAACCUCAGAGAAAAAUGUUAUUUUAAACUCUUCCACAAUCACACUAACAAAUUCCAUAUCAGGGACAAAUUAUAAUCCUGAAGAUCAUGCUUCCAAGGAUGAAGUUACUGAAAUAAAAUCUCAGCAUGUGUCACUCAGCAAGUCCUUCUUGCAAAUAAAAAGCAUAAAAGAGAAGCAACUGAUGGCAGAAAAACAAAAGUCAACUAUCGGCCUACCAAAGAAACCAGUGCUUGGUACAUAUCGUGGCAGAGUUAUUCAAUCCAAGAUAAACUCCUUCCGAAAAGCACUAAAAAGUGAGGGUGAGAAGAGUUCUUUGCCAGACAAGAAGCUUCGCCCUUCUGCCACCAAACCAGCAGCAAGUUCUUUGUCCACCAGCAGCUGUAGUGUAGUUCUGAAGACCACCAAAGUCACAAACUACCCUAAUUCUGUAAACCCAAAUGGUGCCCUCCAAUUCCAGAGCAAAUCAUCUGACAAAGCUGCUAUUAACUCACAGUCCAGUCUGAAGAAACAGCAACCAACAUCUGCUGUAGCACCAAAGAAAGUAACAGUCCAAAAAAUGACUGGUAGAAGGGGACCACAGCCACCAAAAGCUGAUUCUAACAGUUCUGACUGCAGAGUGCUAGGAGUGAAGAAAAGUGCAGAUUUUUGUGACGAUGCAAGACCUGAAGUUCCAGCAAAACAAAUUUCUGUUGUUCCUGAUACAAAGUUGGGAUGGAAUUCUAAAACUAAUGGCAACAGAAAAUCUGUUCUGCCAAAAGAGUCAGCAGAAGUGAGAAGGGCUCGCCUGGAUGAAUGGAGGGCAUCUAGAGGAAGAGUGAUGAGGAGACCUCCUAUAUCUGUGCUUCUGAGACCCCAGUCUAAAAGUGAAGAUCAACAACUCUCUUCUGGUGAUUCUUUAGAGCAUGUAUUACAUAGUGAAAAAGUCAACAAGACUCUUGCAGAAUGUCUGCAGUUAACCGAACAGGGAUGUCAAGGCGAUGAAGUACGUGCCAUGUUGGAAGAUCUGACACACAGCAUUCCUGGGGCUAAAAAGCUUGCAAAAUAUUGGAUCUGUUGUAUGCGUCUUGAACAGAUGGGCCCUCUUGAGAAGCUUAUUGCUGUCUAUGAGGAGGCCAUUUUGGCAGGAGCAAUGCCUAAAGAUGAACUACGACACACGCUAAUAGAUACUAUGAAAAAUACUGAAAGCCUUUUUAAGUCUGAGGAUGGGGAAACUGUGAUAGAAGGUCAUUUAAGUGAGGUAGCGGAAGUCAGCAAGGAACCAAAUUCCUCUGUAGAGCAGGUUCAGGAGGCCUUCAAGGAUCUUGGCUCUGAUGAUGACAACCAAAAAGCAGAUAGUGAUGACAAGAAGGUGGAGACUAGCAGCGAAGUGAUCAAAAAAGAAGAAAUGGAUUUAGACUUGAAACCGAGACAAGAGAUCUUGCCAAAAAAGAAUAAAAAGCACAAGACUAAAGAACGUGCAAAAAAGAAAGGAAAAUGUGAAACAGAAGAGCAGAAUCAGGAUGGGGUAGAAGAUAUAGCCAUAUCCUUCUCUCCUGAGAAGGAGAAUGACACAUCUUAUUUAAUGAGAUAUAAUCCAUCUGCCACGCCGUACUUCGAAAGUGUGAAGAUGCACCAUGAGGCAAAUGACUCCAGUGCUAAAGACCUGAAAAUUGUAACCCCUUUGCGAUAUUCUCAACGCAUUCGGGAGAAGAUGUGCAAGCUGUUGGAUACUGUUAAAGAUCAAGAUCCAUGUGUCUCUUCAUUUGAACAGCUGGGAGAAUGGGAAUCACAAGCCACUGAAUUUAUCCACAAACAGAGCAUUGUGCUCAAAGAAACAAGUGCUGAAGUGGAAGAGUAA